UCCAGGCAAGGAGGCAGCUUUCAGUCUGCUGAAAAUCUUCUUCGUCGAUUCCUGAAGGUUGUACAAGAGGAGAGCUAUAAUCAUGCGUGAAUGUAUCUCCAUCCAUGUGGGCCAGGCUGGUGUCCAGAUAGGCAACGCCUGCUGGGAGCUGUACUGUUUGGAACAUGGUAUCCAGCCUGAUGGGCAGAUGCCCAGUGACAAGACCAUUGGAGGGGGAGAUGACUCCUUCAACACCUUCUUCAGUGAGACUGGUGCAGGAAAACACGUCCCACGUGCUGUCUUUGUUGACCUGGAACCAACCGUUAUUGAUGAGGUCCGUACUGGUACUUAUCGUCAGCUGUUCCACCCUGAGCAACUCAUCACCGGGAAGGAAGAUGCUGCCAACAACUACGCUCGUGGGCACUACACCAUUGGCAAGGAGCUGAUCGAUCUGGUUUUGGACAGACUUCGCAAGUUGGCUGACCAAUGCACGGGUCUCCAGGGUUUCCUCAUUUUCCACAGCUUCGGUGGAGGCACUGGCUCUGGGUUCACAUCCCUGCUGAUGGAACGUCUCUCUGUUGACUAUGGCAAGAAAUCCAAACUGGAGUUUUCCAUCUACCCAGCUCCUCAGAUUUCCACAGCUGUGGUGGAACCUUACAACUCUAUCCUGACGACACACACCACUCUCGAACACUCAGACUGCGCCUUCAUGGUGGACAAUGAAGCUAUCUAUGAUAUCUGCCGCAGAAACCUGGACAUUGAACGCCCAACCUACACCAAUUUGAACCGACUGAUUGGUCAGAUUGUGUCCUCCAUCACAGCCUCCCUUCGCUUUGAUGGGGCUUUGAAUGUUGACCUGACAGAGUUUCAGACCAAUUUAGUUCCCUAUCCACGUAUCCAUUUCCCUCUGGCUACUUAUGCCCCUGUCAUCUCGGCUGAGAAAGCUUACCAUGAGCAGCUCUCUGUGGCUGAGAUCACCAAUGCCUGCUUUGAGCCAGCAAACCAGAUGGUCAAGUGUGACCCUCGCCACGGCAAGUACAUGGCUUGCUGCCUGCUCUACCGUGGUGAUGUAGUGCCAAAAGAUGUCAAUGCUGCUAUUGCCACCAUUAAGACCAAACGCACCAUCCAGUUUGUGGACUGGUGCCCAACUGGCUUCAAGGUUGGCAUUAACUACCAGCCCCCUACAGUGGUGCCUGGUGGGGACUUGGCCAAAGUGCAGCGAGCUGUGUGUAUGCUGAGCAACACCACGGCCAUUGCUGAAGCCUGGGCUCGACUGGACCACAAGUUUGAUCUGAUGUACGCCAAGCGCGCCUUUGUGCAUUGGUACGUGGGUGAGGGGAUGGAGGAAGGGGAGUUCUCGGAGGCCCGUGAAGACAUGGCUGCCUUGGAGAAAGAUUAUGAAGAAGUUGGAACUGACAGCAUUGAGGGUGAAGGAGAGGCAGAAGAAGGUGAGGAGUAUUAAAUGCUCAAAAGUAGUCCUAGCACUGAUAAUAUUAGGGUUCAAUGAGCUGAUGUGAUUCAAGUUGAAAACUCUGAUCUCAAGCAUUCUUGGCAGGCAAAUGGGCACAAAAUCGAGAAACAACAUAGAGACACAAAAGUAGACUGCAGGCCCAUUGCUGGCUGGAAAGAAAGAUUAGCAUAUCUGUCAGAGGAUCCUGCCCCUUAACUUCUCUGUACUGUUCACUUUAUAUUUCAAAUCUUUGCAGAUUCUUCCCUUUCCUUUAAUAAUGCAUAAUUCAGUUCAUUGGUUGCACAACAAGUUGGUACCAACUAGCUUAAAAUCAAGAAAAAGCAAGCAUUGACCAUUCCUUAGUUAUCAGGAUUGAAGUGAUGGAAUACAUGAGAUGUAUGCAGCAGUAACAAAUAAAAUGUCAUCUAUAUUAAA